AACAUUUAGUUCAGGCGAGAAACGGACCGCUCCCUUCGGUCAGGUCUGGUCUUUAUCCUUUACUGUCGCGGCGAAUUGACGAAUUGUCUAAACAAGUCCCACAGCAACCUAGAUCAUGUGUUGAGUAUGAAUUUGACUUUCAUCUGCUUUAAUAAACCAGCUAUUAAUAUACAUUUUAUAAAUAUUAUUUUAAUGACUGACGACUACCGGAAGACCGUUUUGCCUUGCUAUGUUUGUGCUACUAGAAAUGUUAGCUACAAGCUAGCUAGACGUUAUUAGGUAGUAGGCUGCCUCUGCUUUUAUAUUAUUGAAUCACUCACAUCAGUUAAAACAUUCGUAUGGCUUAUCGGUCACUGAAAAGCCAGACUUUAAGGCGAUAUAACUAUCUAGUUACGUUUCUAUUUUCGUAUAUUGCAAAUAAAGAAUUAUAAGAUUGUUUUCUUCAGUGAUUUAUUUGGCUACCGUCCGAGCGUGUCGCUGGUUAGGGCAAGAAGUGGCAUCAUGUCCAACACCGACAUGUCUUCUAAUGCUGUCGAAAACGGACCAGUUUUGGGACAUGCAUCGUGGACUUGUACUUCCCAGGACCAUCAGUUGGCAGAUAUUCUUCUGCCUGUUCACAUUAACGGCAACACUGACCUCAGCCAGGCUGACGGAGAAACACCACAAGGCUGUGCCCCAGUUCUGCUGGAGCAGGUGGAAGAGGGCUCUCCAUGUGUCAUCACCCUGCAGUGUCCCCCUCAGUGUCCUGCUGUCAUCUCCAGCCUCCUGGUAGUCAGUGAGGCUCGCACCGUGGAGGUCUACUCCCAGUCAGGGGACUACUGUGGCACCUGCCGAGGGGAGAGAGAGGCCAGCACAGAGCAGCACAGUGCAGAACGGGGGCCCUUCUACAGGAAACACAUGGCACUGGACUGUCCAUCCAGAGCAUGUGACGUCAAGCUACUGUCCCUAGGCGGGAGGACCAGUGUGGCUGUGAUGAGGGUGGUGCUGGGACUGCGACCUCCGGAGCCUACAGAUGCUUCUGUCCCCAGCCCGGGGCCUGGACCAGACCUGGGUCUGGGCCUGGGUCGGAGCAUCGACAUGGAGCGCGUCCAGUCCAUGGUCCAGGAGAUGGGUACCAGCCUCUCACCUGGAGCUCAGAGCCUCAUGGACAUGGUACAGACCCAGCAGAAGAAUCAAACAGAUGUGCUGGGGGGUUUCCUGCCUCUCCUCAUGGGCAGUGGGGCUCUCUCUGCCCUGGCUAGAGGAACCAGAUUCCCUGGAGCACCAGGCACCAUGGCCCAGCCUCAAGGCACCACAGGACCUACAGACCCAGUCCCACCAACCCAGAACGAAGCCCUUUCAGGAGGAGACUCCCCGGGUCUUGCGUCCACAGGCGCUGGCACCACCCCCACCCCCUCCCCCUCCUCCUCCACCAGCCUAGCCAACCAGGCCAGGCUGGCAGACAUGAUGUCACCCUUCCUGAGUGGCUCGCCAGGACAGGCACGGGGGCGCAGCCUCUGCCCCCUCAGCCCUGACCUCCUCCCCAUGCUGCAGAGUGUGUGUGGCCAGGUCACGCAGCUACGCCUUGAUGACGCCGCCGCCAAGGAGGAGGAGAGGAAAGCUAACGGGCCGCGUGAGGAGCGGGGCUGCUGCAGAGGGCUUGAGGAGGUGCUGGAGCUUCGCCUGGAGCAGAUGGAGAGGAGGCUGAAGGAGCACAUGGACCAGCGCCUGGACGCCCUGGAGGUCAGACUGCAGAAGGCCCUACUGCAGGCCCUGCCCCUGGUCACCCUGAACCAGCCUGCCAAGACCAGCUCUGUAGCCCCCCCUGACCACAUCCACCCACCCCAGACCCUGAAUGGAAUAUAACAGAUCCUCAUGUCAUAGCCUGGAUCCUGCACUGACAUGAACCCCCAGCCCUAUCCCCAGCCCCAGCCUUGUCCCCAGCCCUAUCCCCAGCCCCAGCCUUGUCCCCAGCCCUAUCCCCAGCCCCAGC